AAAUUGAAUGAAUAAUUACGAAUAUUCGUUCAGAACCGGGUAAUGUUUAUAUUUCUUAUUAUGUGACUUUCAUAUAAAACUGGAACUGAAAAGGGCUGAAAGUAAUAUGCCACCUCGAGCUGAAGGCUUCACAGAUUUCGAAAAAUGGACAUCAAACUAAUUUUUCUCCUAGUGAUUGUUGCUGUUUGCGCUGGUAGGCGUUCUUCAUCUCCUUAUUAUGGUCGACUCUAUGGAUUAGAUUCGGAUUCAGCUUCCCUUGAACGUCGAGUGACCAAACUGCGUACUCAAGUAGAUAGAGACAUUUUAGGAAGGGACUCCUAUGAAAAGCACUUUACAAUACCACACCGGUUAGAAACUUUAAAGGAUGUUUCUAAGUUACGACGGCGCUUAAGGAGUAGGCGCCGGAACCGCUCUGGUUGCAGAAAACGAUAUCGUGGAUUAGCACGUUUGCGAAGGUAUCGUAGUCGCACUGGGAGAAAAUCUUACAGAUAUCCUCGAAAUACUGAUCAAGUUGAUUAUUAUGAUAGACCAUAUUACGAAAAAUCUUCAUCACGUUCACCUGAUUUUGGACCUAGGUUGCCUUUGCUUAGGCCUCUUCAAGGACUUUUCCAAAAUGUUGUUGGCCAGACUUUGAGUCCUGUUUGGUAUGUGUACAGAAGACUCCCAUUGUUACCUCAACCUCGACCGGUAAAGCCUGUCUACAAUCGUCGUGAUUCUGUAGAAGAUAGACGUAGAGGACGAUCUGAUGUAGAAGAUGGACAAUAUGACCAAAGUGAAGGAGAACCUAACGAAACGAAUGAAGAAGAUGAUGAUCUUGGACAAUCAUAUGAAACGGGUCCACGAUUCGAUCGAAGAAAAGGAAAUUCUGAAGGAGGAAGAGAGCGUUCACGAGAAUUGGUUACAACUGAAGAUCGGUUUUCGCCAGGACCACAAAGAAGUACAGGAAAACCUCAAUUGAGUAGUGGAGUUAAAGGAAGUGAUCAACGAUCCGAGCGUAGAAAGGGAGGUUCUGGUGUAAGCAGAGAACGUUCAAGAGAACUGGAUACUAGUGAAGAUCAGUCAUUGUCAGAAACAGAAAGAGGUAGAGGAAAACCUCGUGGUAGUACUGGAACUAAAGGAAGCGAAAGUGAUUCACCUUCCGAUCGAAGAAAGGGUGGUUCCAGUGUAAGCAGAGAAUUGGAUACAAGUGAAGAUCGAUCAUUGUCAGAAACAGAAGGAGGAAGAGAAAAACCUCGAGUGAGUUCUGGAGCCAAAGAAAGUAAUCCACCAUCCGAUCGAAGGAAGGUAGGUUCUGAUGUAGGCAGGGAACGCUCAAGAGAAUUGGAUACAAGUGAAGAUCGGUCAUUGUCAGGAACAGAAGGAGGUAAAGGAAAACCCCGAGUGAGUUCUGGAGCCAAAGAAAAUGACCUACCAUCCGAUCGAAGAAAGGUAGGUUCUGGUGUAGGCAGAGAACGCUCAAGAGAAUUGGAUACAAGUGAAGAUCGGUCAUUGUCAGGAAUAGAAGGAGGUAAAGGAAAACCUCGAGUGAACACUGAAGCUAAAGAUGGAUCACAAAGCGGUAGAGGGAAAUCUCGGGAAAGUGUUAAAGGUAAAGAAGUCGAAGUGCUGGAGUCUCAAGAAGAUGAUAGUAACAGUAGUGAAAGUAAUGAACAAAAAGUUCGAAAUCAGAAAAUAGUUGGCAAAGAACUAGCAGAUCCUCCAAAAAAUGUGCCAGCAGUAAAACCUACUGUUGAAGAGAGGGUAAUUGUUGGUAAAUGAUUAUCUAAUUUUUGGGAUUCGCCGUUGUAUUAAAUAUAGUUGGGUAAGGAGAAACUUAGUGGUUUUAAGGAGGACAGUGAAGAACGAGAUGAGGGUAGAGAGAAUAAGAUCAACAAAUGUACAUUGAUUUCUAUGAUCCCAAAUACAACUAAUAAAUAAAUAGUAAUAAAAAGGUAA